AGCGACAUGAUUCUCUUCUCCUUCUCCAUUGUGAGGGACCGUCUUGUCGAGGAGAUGAAGUUGCCGCUGCUCCACGGUGUGGAUCAGACGUGCGGCGGCUUCGGCUGAGGAGGACGAUGCGUUGCUCGAUUGGAGAUCAUCGGUGGCUGCUGCUGGUGGUGGUUGUGCAGAGGCAGCAACCGUUGGUUCGGAUUCCAUGGAAGCACUCUCUCUCUCUCUCUCUCUCUCUCUCUCUCUCUCUCUCUCUCUCUCUCUCUCUCUCUCUUUUCUCGACUUCUCUCUCUCUCUCUCACUGUUCUCUGCCUUGGGAACUGCAACGGAAGAGGCGGAGAUUUGGUAGAUUCGGAUAGGGGGUUUCUUUGGGGGGUCAGAGUAAAUCCGGUUUACGAUUUGUUUUCAGAACCGGUUGAAGUUAUCGAAUUGAGACCACCGGAGAAGCAGAAGAAGGAUGUUGUCAGUGACUCCGCCGCUGAUCGAUCCGGGAUGACGAAGUCAACGGCAUGGUGGAUUCCCUAAAAGUGUUUGUACUUCAAUUAACGAGUGUAUGUGUCAUGGGAUACCAGAUUCUCGCCAGCUACAGAGUGGAGAUAUAAUAAACAUCCAUGUCACGGUUUACUUGGAUGGUUACCAUGGAGAUACAUCAAGAACUUUCUUCUGUGGAGAAGUAACUGAAGGUUUUAAACAACUUGUAAAGGUUACGGAGGAAUGCUUGGAGAAAGGAAUAGCCGUUUGUAAAGAUGGAGCAAGCUUCAAGAAAAUCAGCUUGUGCAUGUGCUUGGUGUUGAACUGAUAGAUACCGUGCUUUUGCUUUUCCACCAAAUGUAAACAAAAAUUUAAUGUCUAAGUAUGGAGUUUGAAUAUUUUGCAGGGCUAUAGCUGUGAAAAAUCAGCUUAUAAGCCAUUAUAAAUCAGUUUAUAAACC